AUGAUCUUUGGGCCAGGAGAAUGUGAUUAAAUUUUGAGCAAACUAAAGAAAACGUUACUCUCUUUCUACAGGUGAAGUUCUAAAAAACUUAAAUAAGUUCUACAAAAGAAAAGAAAUCCAAAGACUAGGAGCAGAAAAUGGAUUAGAUGCUCGCCUGUUUCACCAAGCGUUUAUAAGCUUUAGGAAGUAUAUCAUGGAAUCCAGUUCUGUGAGUGCUGAUUUGCAUAUUAUUCUCAAUGAUAUAUGCUGCGGUGCAGGUCAUGUGGAUGAUCUCUUUCCAUUUUUCUUGAGGCAUGCAAAGCAGAUCUUUCCAAUGCUGGACUGUAUGGAUGAUUUGCGCAAGAUCAGUGAUUUAAGAUUGCCGCCCAACUGGUAUCCCGAUGCCAGGGCUAUUCAGAGAAAGAUAAUAUUCCAUGCUGGUCCUACAAACAGUGGAAAAACUUACCAUGCUAUCCAGAGAUUUUUGUCAGCAAAAUCUGGAAUAUACUGUGGUCCACUAAAACUUCUGGCUCAUGAGAUCUUCCAAAAGAGUAAUGAUGCUAAUGUGCCAUGUGACUUGGUAACAGGAGAAGAGCGUGUGUAUGCCAAUGAAGAUGCCAGACAAGCUCCUCAUAUUGCUUGUACCAUUGAAAUGUGCAGCACUAAUACGCCUUAUGAAGUUGCUGUGAUUGAUGAAAUUCAGAUGAUCAGAGAUCCUGCCAGAGGAUGGGCUUGGACAAGAGCCCUUCUAGGACUCUGUGCGGAAGAAAUCCAUGUGUGCGGAGAAGCUGCUGCUAUUGACUUGGUGACGGAGCUCAUGUACACUACAGGGGAGGAAGUUGAAGUCCGAAACUACAAGAGGCUCACUCCUCUUACUGUGCUGGAUUAUGCCUUAGAAUCUUUAGAUAACCUCCGUCCUGGGGACUGCGUUGUCUGUUUCAGUAAGAAUGACAUUUAUUCUGUCAGUCGACAAAUUGAAGCCAGAGGAUUAGAAUGUGCUGUCAUAUAUGGCAGUCUGCCACCAGGAACAAAACUUGAACAGGCAAAGAAAUUCAAUGAUCCUGAUGAUCCAUGCAAAAUUUUAGUUGCUACAGAUGCGAUUGGAAUGGGACUCAAUUUGUGUAUAAAAAGAAUAAUUUUUAACUCUAUAGUAAAGCCAACUAUCAAUGAGAAGGGAGAGAAGGAAAUAGACUCCAUCACAACUUCUCAGGCUCUACAAAUCGCAGGCAGAGCUGGGCGUUAUGGCUCAUCCUUCAAACAAGGAGAAGUCACUACAAUGCAUCGUGAUGACCUUGUGCAGCUGAAGGAAAUUUUGAAUGAGCCUGUGCGCCCUGUGAAGGCAGCUGGCCUACAUCCUACUCCUGAGCAGAUAGAAAUGUUUGCUUAUCAUCUCCCUGAUGCCACUUUAUCCAACCUUAUUGAUAUUUUUGUGAGUCUGUCACAAGUCGAUGGGCUUUACUUUGUCUGCAAUAUUGAUGACUUUAAAUUUCUAGCAGAUAUGAUUCAGCACAUUCCACUAAAUUUGCGAUCACGAUAUGUCUUCUGCACUGCACCCUUGAACAGAAAAGAGCCUUUUGUGUGUACCACAUUGUUGAAGUUUGCAAGACAGUUCAGUAGAAAUGAGCCUCUGACGUUUGACUGGCUCUGUCGGCACACCAAAUGGCCGUUAGCCGCUCCAAAGAACAUCAAAGAACUAGUACACCUUGAAGCUGUUCAUGAUGUGUUUGACCUCUAUCUGUGGUUAAGUUACCGCUUCAUGGAUAUGUUCCCUGAUGCUGUCCUUGUAAGGGAUAUCCAGAAAAAACUAGACGACAUUAUACAAGUUGGCGUCUGCAACAUCACGAAGCUGAUCCGAGCUUCACAAUCUGUAGCUGCUCCUGGCACAGCAGAAAUUGUGUCAGAAGACUUUCCUCUUUCAAGGACUAAGAGGGAUACCAGGGCGGUUUCAGACCGUCAUGGUGCAAAAUCCACAGAGGCACUCUCUGUUGCAGUGGACGUUCUGGGAGAAAGACGAGCAAAGAACUUGAGAGCUUACCGGUCUGCUACAAGGCAGGAGGAUCUGAAAAGCCGUGGACGUGGAUCUCUUGCCAACAGAUUGCUGCGUGAAGGACUUCUAACACAAGAAAUGCUGAGACAGCUGGAGAGUGAGUGGCAGGAUCAGCACAGGAAUGGUAGAUAUGGCCUUGGUUCAAAAAGAGAUGAUCAGAGCAGUUCAAAGGAAAUGGGGAAAAAGAAAAAGUAGAACCAUGUCCGAAUUAUGUUCAGUUUUUAUUCAUAAAAUAAAAUACUAUUUUAAUAAAUUCUUUGGCAUUUCAUGUUUACACUGCUGCAGCUCUUUAAUGUUUUUCCUUCUCCUGUGACCAGCUGAAGCACUCAGAGAAAUGGACUCUUAAAAUCUCAGAGGCCAGAAGUUUGCUUUUACCGGUCAGCUGUAUGCUUUUUCAGUCACAGUGUUCAUCACAAGUGUAUGAUCUGCUGCUGUGUGAAAACUUGAACUUGAUGUCUUCUUGCAAGGUAGCCUCACAUUGUUAAUAAACAUCAGAUAUUUCACUAGUAA